AAUGUAAAAGCACAAAUGGAUAGCGCAGCAAGUCACAGUGUAGCUUGUCAUUCCACAAAGAUGGUCGCUUUGGGCCUGUACUUCACCGUCGUAGUAUUUGUUCUGUUCAUAACUAGUGUCAAUCUCCAAAGUCCAGCAACAAAAACGGAGAAAACGCCCAAGAUCAGUCGCUUGUACUUCGGCACUCUCGAGUACGUCAAUGCCACCAAGGAUCAGGAACUCAUUGAUGGCGUCUUCGACGCCAUUUUAAAACGCUUGAACAAGUUGGAUGUGGACAACCCCCACGAAAAGAACGUCGGUCGCUACGAUAUGACUACUCUGCUCUGCUGGGCGGUCAAUAAUGAUCUACUUUACCGUAAAUAUGGCGAAAACAUGGAAGUGAUUUUCCAGCUUGCGAAAAAGUUCUACCCCGAACGAGAUGACAAGGACAAAGAUUCGCUUGGAAUAAAUCGUAGUCUGGGCACUUCGAAACUUUUGAAGUGGGAACUACAUGGAUGAUGAAUAAAACUCUAAUAUUAUAUUAA